GGCAUCGCCGGUUUCUAAACAUGGCGGGUAAGAGGUGAAACACAAGAGGAGUGGAUCGUUCCAUUUGAUUAGGCUGGGAACCAGGCAACGGCGCCCAGUAACAGCAAAUAGAUAACCAAGAUGAGCGCAAGGAGGAAAAAGAAGGACGAAAAGCCCCCACCCGCCACGGGUCCAGGGAGCAAAAUUAUAUCCCUCCCUGACCCUGUCAAGAAGUACCUCAAAAAGCUCCCCGAUGGAAAGAAAAUCCAUUUGAAAUUCGGUAAUGGGAAUUGGAAAUCGUUGCCAAUCGAAAUUUACAAUAAUGAAGAACUAAGUCAGCUGGCAGUGAAAUUUACAGCGGAAAAUAAUCGACUGAAGAGGCUUCCAAAAGGUAUUGCAGCUCUUGAUAAUGUGGAGCAUAUUGAUAUAACCAACAACACAUUAUCAACCUUUCCAGGCUCUGUGUCCAGAAUGAAGAAACUUGAAGUUUUGAUAAUUAAGAACAAUGCAAUCAAGAAAUUACCGCCAGCAAUACACAAAUGUACAGGUUUACAGAAGCUUUAUGCUUCAAAUAACAAGAUUCGUGCUCUCCCGAAGAACAUUGGAAAGUCCUCAAUAGCGUACAUGGACUUGUCUUCAAACUUGAUCCGGUCCAUCAAGAAAGGACUUUACGAGAUGACCGCUGAGGUGGACUUAUCGGACAAUAGAAUAACAGAGAUGCCAACAGCAGCUGUCAAAAAACCAAACAUACAGAAGCUUAAUUUGGCGCGAAAUGGUGUUACUUUGAUUCCCGAGAAUAUCGACAAACUCUCGCGUCUCACGUGGUUAGACCUUUCGCAUAAUGCGGUACAGGAACUUCCGGCACAGAUAGGGGGAGUCCGUUACCUCCAUUACCUGAAUCUUUCCCAUAACCACAUCAAAACUCUACCGGAGGAAAUCUGCAAUCUAGGAUACGCACUUGACCACCUGGACCUCUCUCAUAAUGAAAUACCGGUGUUACCAGACGGCAUCAAGAGCCUUCGAAAGUUGACUUAUCUUGAUGUUUCCAAAAAUGAGGUGGAGUACCUCCCCGAGAGUAUACGAGACCUUCCGUGCUUAACAACACUAGGAGUUUCCGAAAAUAAAUUAAUAUCAAUGAAAUUUGCAGUGUACCUGAAACAGUUGGAGCACCUGUAUCUCUCGAAAAAUUCGAUCGAGGUUAUACCAGAUGAAAUUGAUCAAAUGAAGUCGCUUGUCACACUUGAUCUUUCGUGGAACAAAAUUAAAGAGGUACCUGGUAACAUAGGAAACGUUAAAAGUUUGAAGAGUUUAAACCUGUGCGGAAAUAAGAUCUCUUCUAUACCAGAUAGCCUGGGUCAAGGUCAAGUUUUGACAUUCUUAGAUCUGUCCCACAACCGCUUAACAGUGUUACCAACGGACCUUCGAAAGUUACGAAAUCUUGAAACUUUCCAUGUAAGUCAUAACGAAAUUGCGCUCAUGCCUAAAUCCAUCGACUUUCUGUACCAACUACGGUCUCUAGAUGUUUCGCAUAAUGGUCUGAAUGAGUUGAACCUCCCAAAGACUCUGACGCAUCUUAACUUGUCAGACAAUCCUCUAUCCAUCAACCCAACUGACCUCAGGUCCGCCAUUGUUGUCAUGGGUGACAAAGAUCACCUUAGGAACCUGACGUCACUUUCACUUUGCAAACUUGGUUUGGAUGAGAUUCCCCCGAGCGUCUUCAACCUGAGGUGCCUUAAACACCUUGAUGUUUCAAACAAUUCUUUGAAAACAUUGACAGACAACAUCUGCAAAAUGAGAGGUUUAGCGUCCAUCACUGCAUGCCACAACGAAAUAACAGCUCUACCUGAUAAAAUAAGUGCUCUUAAAAAAUUAGAGAAACUCCAUGUUUCGCACAAUGGCCUUACUGACUUCGCCCCAAGUUUAGGGCGCUUGGUCUCACUAUGUGAUCUUAAUAUGUCAAACAACAAAAUAACACUUUUACCAGACAACUUUGGAGAUCUAAACAAGCUCAUUUCUAUGGACCUCUCCGAGAACGAGCUCCUAAAUUUCCCAAAAGAUCAGAUCGAUGUUCUGGCCUCUUUACUGCAGCUUAAUAUUUCCAAGAACCAUAUUGACCAAAUGCCGAUAGAAUUUCCUUAUCUUUAUAGACUGAAAGUUCUCAGGGCAGCAAGUAACGACCUCAAGUCGAUCCCAAACGACAUGGAUAAAAUGAAAUCAUUGGAAAUUCUGGAUCUCUCUGAUAACAUUAUCGAAUCCUUACCGGAAAAGAUCUGCAAAAUGCCGGAACUGAAAGAAAUUAAUGUUUCCGAGAACAAAAUUACGAGAGGCUGGCCAAAAGCUUGGGAAAACCUUCGUCAAAAAAUUAAAGUUGAAAACGCUGAUCAGGAGAGCUUUAAGGAACGUGAGCCGCGGGAACGACCAAGCGACAAGGUGGCCGAGACGCAGGUCAGUCCAAAGUCAGCAAAACGCGGGAAAAAGAAAGUUUCACCAAUCGGAACGCCACCCAUCAAAUCUCGCGAGAAGUCUGCUCCCGUGAAAUAGACUGAUCAACCCAAAGAAAAGGCUUAUUCCGUUAGGAAUGUGUACAUACUAUGAAAAACGUUCUAAAGAGGUGAACAGAUACAGAAGGGCAUACAUUUGUAUUAUUCAUGGUAGCAGUAUUUUCUUUAUACACAUGUACGUUUAGAAUUCACGGUAAUCAAAUUUUUACUAAAAUGUCUUUAUCUGCUCAUUUAAUAUUUGUGAUUUAGAUAUUUUUCUAGUCAUUGUUCAACUUUUAAAUUUUCUAAAUAAUUCAUAAUGUUUAGUUCUUUCUC